UUUAAUUUUUUUCAGUUAAAAGAAAUGUUGGAUUUUUUUGGAUAUACAAGUUUUGCUAAAAUUCUACCAGAUAUGCAUGGAACAGUAUUAGGUAUUAAAAAUGCAGGGAGCUCUUUUCACUUACUGCUCUCCCUUCCAUUUCAAACCACCACCUCUUCUGGCUAAGCGUCUUUUCUUCCUCGCAAGUCACACGAGUAGAAGAACAGUGAAGAUCACAGCAAUGGCCUCGAAGGCUAAAAUCAUAGAUUCUCAUUUGCAUGUUUGGGCUUCUCCAGAGGAGGCCGUUUCUCAGUAUCCGUACUUUCCUGGGCAAGAACCAUCUUUAAGUGGAAGCAAGGACCUUCUUCUUCAGUGCAUGGAUGAUGCUGGUGUGGAUGGAGCAUUAAUUGUUCAACCCAUCAAUCAUAUGUUUGAUCACUCUUAUGUCAACAGUGUAUUACAAAGGUACCCUACCAAAUUUGUUGGUUGUUGCCUUGCAAACCCUACAGAAGAUGGAAGUGGGAUUGGUGAACUAGAACACCUUGUCAAGAAGAAUGGUUAUCGAGCUGUUCGUUUCAACCCAUAUUUAUGGCCUGAUGGACAAAAGAUGACCAAUGAAGUUGGCAAGGCCAUGUUUGCAAAAUCAGGAGAGCUUGGAGUACCUGUUGGGUUUAUGUGCUUCAAGGGCCUUUUGCUACAUAUUUUGGAUAUAGAAGCGUUAUGCUCACAAUUUCCUUCAACAACUGUUCUCAUUGAUCAUUUUGGAUUUUGCAAACCACCAAUGAAUGGAUUGGAAAAUGAGGCAUGGAGUAGACUAUUGGGGUUGUCCAAAUUUCCUCAAGUUUAUGUAAAAGUGAGUGCCUCCUUCCGCGUGUCAAGGAAGCUGUAUCCUUAUGAUGAUACAUCAAGCCUGUUGUCAGAUUUAAUCACAACCUUUGGUGCUGAGCGCCUUAUGUGGGGCAGUGAUUUUCCAUUUGUAGUAAAAGAAUGUGGAUACAAGGAAGCAAGGGAUCAAAUUCCAUACUUGUCGAGUAAGAGCCUUCCAUUAUCAAAUGAAGCUCUAGAGUGGAUAAUGGGUAAAACUUCAAUGCAUCUUUUCCCAGGCGCUUGGGCCUCUUCUGCUGAUGGGUAAACAAGCAAUGCAUCUUUUUUUUUGGGCACUUGGGUCUCUUCUUCUACCGGGUAAAACAGCAAUGCAUUCUCAUUUCAUCAUACGAGGAUGAUGAUGACAGUGAUAAUUGGCAUACAUGGGACACCAAAGUGUAUCUAUUUUAAUGGAAGUUUGUUUCCAUAAUCAUUAAGCUUUAUGAUAUAUUCUCCUAGCUUGCUUUGAUUGUCUUGAUUUCAAUUUUUAUUUAUUAUUUUUUAUUUCAAA